UAUACUUAUAGGGAGAGGAAUAACUAAUAUCUAUUCAAUAUUGGCCUAAAAUAAGAUUUUCACCUCUAGAGGGAGCCACACUUUCACUUAUACAGUAGACCUGCUAUAUUAAAAUCUGCCCCAAAUCUGAUUGCGUUAAAUCCGUCGUUUAAAAGUGCGCUCAGAGUAAAUUAAGAUGAGAACUGAUUUGAUGAAUUUAUAAAUAAAAUAAACAAAUGUAGUAUGUAAAUAAAAUGCCUGUAUAAGUGAAUAUGGGCUAUUCUACAGAUUUAAAUGAUGCCUGAUAGAACGUCACAGGUUUGAAGGCACGCGGACGUUCUAAAAGAAUGUUGACAUCAUAGCGGCCAUUCCACGGUGAAAAGUUACAUUUGACAGUCGCCAUUAUCGCCUGUUGGAUCCAGUUUGUCGUUGUUGUUGUGAUAUAAUCUUCACUUCACUUUUUCAACAUGUGGUCUAACAGUCAGUCCGUGCCACGAUCUCCAGAACACCGAGACGUGAGCUCUCCUAAGCGUCAGAUGAAAGUUUCAGUGAAAAGUGUCAGCUACUUUUUACCUGUGUCUGAUCUGAACGCCAAUGCUGACCGUUCCUCGUCUGAUCUGUCCCAUUCCUGGAGCAGUUCAGUGAGGAUGGACACAAGUACGCCUCUCCAUCAGCAUGAGGUUGUAUGCUCAAACCUGACUGUUCUGAAGCUGCGCCAUGUUCCUGUGAAACCUGCUGAGAAGCAGAAGUUCACUGAUGGUCAUGGACUGCCAAAACGUCGCGGAGUGAGGUCUCAUAAACAUAUGAUGGAGGUUUCACUGAAAGACAUCAGCUAUCUUUCAUGUGAGCCUGACCUGAAUGCCAGUGUUGACCAUUCUUCAUCUCUUCUGCUCCAUUCUGAGAGUCGAGAAGAGAGAAUGGAUAAACGUAGGCCUCUCCGUCAUCAUCCUGCUCCACGCUCCAAACUGCCCAUUCUGAAGUCAAAGUGUGUUCCUGUGAAGCCUGUCAACCAGCAGAGUUUCACAGAUGAACCCUCAGAAUGGAUGGGCGUGGACUUGAAUCAAAAAGGUACAGUGAAAAACAUCAACCCUUUAUGUGAGUCUGACUUUAAUGUCAGUGUUGCUCUUUGCUCAUUAUUUACGCCUUUUUCAGGGAGCCAAUCAGUGAGACUGGAUAAAUGUAAGCCUAUCCGUCAUCAUCCUGCUGCUCCACGCUCCAAACUGCCCAUUCUGAAAUCAAAGUGUGUUCCUGUGAAGCCUGUCAACCAGCAGAGUUUCACAGAUGAACCCUCAGAAUGGCUGGGCGUGGACUCCAAUCAUAUUAUGAAAGGGAGCCAAUCAGUGAGAAUGAAGAAGCGUAGGCCUCUCCGACAUCAUCCUGAUGCUCCACGAUCAAAACUGCCCAUUCUAAAGACAAAGUGUGUUCCUGUGAAGCCUGUCAACCAGCAGAGUUUCACAGAUGAACCCGCAGAAUGGCUGGACGUGGGGUCGAAUCAUAUAAUGAAAGGGAGGCAACCUGUGAGGAUGGACAAGCGUACAUCUCUGCGCAAACAUCCUGUUGCUGGACGCUCAAAACUGCCUGUUCUGGAGUCAAAGUGUGUUCCUGUGAAGCCUGUCAGUGGACAGAAGUUCACUGAUGGACCUCCAGAGCAUCAGAUGAAAGUUUCACUGAAAGAUCCUCCAUGUGAGUCUGAGCUGAAUGUCAGUGUUGAGUGUUCCUCAUCUCUUCUGGCAGUGAGAGUAGGCAAAUCCCAGCAUCCUGCUGCUGUUUCCACACACUCGCCUGUUUUGAGGCGACGCUGUGCUCCUGUUAAGCUUUUGAGCAGACAGAAGAUCAUUGACGAAGCUCCAGAACGUCAAGUGUCCAGGUUUCCUCCACUAGUGAAUAAGGCAGAGAGGAACGGCGCUGACCCGUCAUGUGGGUCUGAUUGUAAAGUUGAGUCUCGCCUGUCUUUACCCAGCCUGCCACGUCUUACAAGUGGAGUGAAGGUGGACGAACAUGUGCCUCUGCCUGUUCCUGUGUUUACAAAUUUGCCUACUCUGAAACCAGCUCAUGUUGCUAUGCGACCUGCUCUUCCUUCAAACUUCAUGUUUUUCCCACUUGAUAAUGAUGUCAAGAUGAAGAGGACUCGCUCAAUAACAAGAAGCCCUUCUCUGCUUUCAAGAUUCCACUCUGCAACAUAUUUUUAGGACUAUUCUUG